GCUCACCAAAGCGCUGAGUGCUUUUAGCUGUCUCUCUGCAAUUUCCUGGCUAAAGGAGAUCUGGAAUGUAAAAGUGUAUUCAUCACCAGAGGUUUUGCCGGAUUCCAGGACUUCAAUGAAGCGAGCACAAACGCUGAGCUGCAAAACUCCUGUUCACCGGGGUGACAAGCUUCCAGCGAGCUUUGGAUGGCGGGGAGAGCGAACGCAUCCCUGCAGUCUACGGUACCGACGCCUCGGCUUGUGCGAGAGCGGAGCCCAUUUAAUUCUUGCCUUUUUUGGGUCUGUGCGCACGCAAUCCCCAGCUCAACGGAGCUCCGCCAGAGCACGGUGCGAUACAAAUAACAGGAAUAAAGUCAUUCCAAAGGGUGGAAUUGCCGGUGAUAGCUCCCCGCCUCGUUGCUCCGUUGAUGGCGUGAUCACGAAAAGACUUUUACGUCCCGGGUCAACGCCGCUCCCUCCCUCCUUCCCUCUGCCCUCCGAAGGAGCCGGGUACGGCCCGCAGCUCCCAGGUGCCGGCGACGGAUUUCCAAGGAUUUCCAAGCGAAACAAGCUCCGGGCUCCAGAUCCGCUGCACCGGGAAGUUUGCGCCCAUUGCCUCUUGUCCUGUUGCUGGAUACCACCAAGAGGAGCCUGGUUCCAUCUUCUUUAACCCCCAUCAGUAACGGCCUCCCCAGCUGAAGAUGUCUAACAAUGGAGUCGAAACAGAAGACAAACCGCCUGCUCCUCCGAUGAGAAAUACCAGCACUAUGAUCGGAUCGGGCAGCAAAGAUGCCGGGACUUUAAACCAUGGCUCAAAACCUUUGCCUCCCAACCCGGAAGAAAAGAAAAGGAAGGACCGAUUUUACCGAGCUAUUUUACCAGGAGAUAAAACCAAUAAAAAGAAAGAGAAAGAGCGGCCGGAGAUCUCCCUCCCUUCAGACUUCGAACACACGAUUCAUGUGGGGUUUGAUGCAGUCACGGGAGAAUUCACGGGAAUGCCGGAGCAAUGGGCGCGUUUACUGCAGACUUCCAACAUCACCAAGUCGGAGCAGAAGAAGAAUCCCCAGGCAGUGCUGGACGUGUUGGAGUUUUACAACUCCAAGAAGAUCUCCAACAGCCAGAAGUACAUGAGUUUCACAGAUAAAUCGACAGAGGAUUACAAUUCAUCAAAUACCUUGAACGUGAAGGCUGUCUCCGAGACCCCUGCAGUGCCCUCAGUGUCCGAAGAUGAAGACGAUGAAGAUGAUGCCGCUCCACCCCCUGUGAUAGCUCCGCGCCCUGAACACACAAAAUCUAUAUACACCCGCUCUGUGAUAGACCCCCUUCCUCCUCCUACCAGGGAUGUGGCGACUUCUCCUAUUUCUUCUCCUUCGGAAAACAGCACCACGGUGCCUGACAUGCUGGUCAGGAACACGGAGAAACAAAAGAAAAAGCCAAAAAUGUCAGAUGAAGAGAUCUUGGAAAAAUUAAGAAGUAUUGUGAGUGUGGGCGAUCCGAAAAAGAAGUACACAUGUUUUGAGAAGAUUGGACAAGGAGCCUCGGGUACAGUUUACACGGCAAUAGAUAUAGCUACAGGACAGGAGGUUGCAAUCAAACAGAUGAAUUUGCAGCAGCAGCCCAAAAAAGAACUGAUUAUUAAUGAAAUCCUUGUGAUGAGGGAAAACAAAAACCCCAACAUUGUCAACUACUUGGACAGUUACCUUGUAGGAGAAGAGCUCUGGGUGGUCAUGGAGUAUUUGGCUGGAGGCUCCCUAACAGAUGUCGUGACAGAGACCUGCAUGGACGAAGGACAGAUCGCAGCUGUGUGCCGAGAGUGUCUCCAAGCUCUGGAAUUCCUCCAUUCAAACCAAGUGAUUCACAGAGACAUCAAGAGUGACAACAUCCUGCUGGGAAUGGAUGGCUCUGUCAAACUAACUGACUUUGGCUUCUGUGCCCAGAUCACUCCUGAGCAGAGCAAACGCAGUACCAUGGUGGGGACCCCAUACUGGAUGGCACCUGAAGUGGUGACGCGGAAAGCCUAUGGGCCCAAAGUGGAUAUCUGGUCGCUGGGGAUAAUGGCCAUCGAGAUGAUCGAAGGAGAGCCUCCCUACCUCAAUGAGAACCCUCUGAGAGCCCUCUAUCUCAUUGCUACUAACGGGACUCCGGAACUGCAGAAUCCGGAAAAGCUUUCACUCAUAUUCCGAGAUUUCUUAAAUCGCUGUCUUGAAAUGGACGUGGAAAAGAGAGGUUCUGCCAAAGAGCUGCUACAGCACCAGUUCCUGAAAAUUGCAAAGCCUCUGUCUAGUCUCACUCCUCUGAUCAUUGCAGCUAAAGAGGCAGCCAAGAACAACCAUUAAAGUGGUGGAGUACAACGCGGUCAUCGCGUCAAGACUUUUAGGUGUCCAUUUCAGAGACUGAGUUACCUGCCUCUCUCCCCUUCUGCUCCUUCUUCACAGGCGCGUGCUUAAAACUUUGAUCUGGCCUGAAAGGUGGCAGGGGUUUUGUUCACUGGGUGUGGAAGGGCACGCAAAGGGACACGGUUGAUUUGACAUCGUGAGUUGUCUUCCCAUCCUCGUGACGGGGGGCGAGAGGGGAAGGGUCUUUUGUAUGGUUGAGAAGGUCUUUCUGAGAACGUCUGAACCUGACCUACACGUAGCGAAGCCGGUUGGUUUUCCUCUUUCUUACUGCGUUUAUUUUAAAAAAGAACGUGGCGCCUUAGACCAUGUUUAUCUUAAUAAAUGAAAUCUUUUGUUGGCUGGACUUUUCCUGCUUCUGGCAAGCUGCUAUCACGCCACUGUGCUUUGGAUGACUCGAGGAGGCAGCAGAAACGUGAACAGCUGUAACAACGGAAAGGGGAACGAGGGUGUGAAUACGCGUACCUCCUGCAGCCCUGCUUGGACGCUUUGAGGGAGCAUGGAGAAGACCUCUGUGUGCUUCCUGCAGCCAUGGGAGAAGUCAAUUCAUGGAUGACCUUUUUGCCAAAUUGUGCAAAUUAGGGCCACCCCUCCCCCUUUAGUUUCAACUGAUCUAGUUAAACAAAUCUCAAACGUUACUGGUGUUCUAGAAGGUAAAUCGCAGGAAAAAUGGACAGAGAGCUCUUUUAGGGUUAUUUUAUCAGCGCUGUGAGGCUUCUUAGAGACCCUUGCCCUGUAUGGUAAAGCAAACAGAGCAAUUACUGUUAUAAAGAUAAGAUUUGCCUGCAAAAUGAUGUUGAAAACUCUUGUUUCUUAGAGGAAAUCCAAUGGAAAACAAACUAAUCGUGGAUGCUGCUUUCUUGGAGACGUGGGGACAUUAAUUUUUUUUUUUUUUUUUUGAAAUUAUAGUGGUUUCUUUAUGCUACUGAUUCCUUUGGUUGCUAAUAGUCUGUAAAACAACAGGAAACCUGGAACUACUAGAGGGAUUGGUUGUAAACACUGGGCUUACGUUCAACUGUGUACUGAUUUUUAAUAAAAUGAACUGCUGUGUUUCUUAACUUGGGGCUGAGGAAGGAUCGGAGAAUGCACUGUCACCAGACAAGUCUGUCGGAUGAGAUUAUUGUUCCUGUUGUCACGGGGAGCUGGAAAGUGUUGGGUGAGGUCAUAUAACCUUGUCUCUUGCCCCUUUUUCUGUAGUUCUUUGGCAUAGCAAGUGGCUCUCAAGGGAGUAACUUUAUACAUAGAGAAAAUUGAUAAAAGAUGUGUGUUAUAACUGGUGGAGCUGCUCUCUCUGUUCUGCUUUAGUCAUCUACGGGGGUGAGUUUAAACCCCUUCUGGAGUAAUUGCUCGUCUCCCACCAGAACUCUCGUGUGGCACAGAAACUCAUUCCUGCUUCUUGCCGAGACCUGCUGCUGGCUCAGCCCUUUCCUCCCAGCGCCGGGGGUUUAAUUCAAAUCUAUUUUUCCUGCUCGCUCCAUAAUAGAUGACAGCUCUUAUACUACUUUUACCGGGCGUAGGUAAGAGUUUGUGAGGUCUUUUGCUUCUGUGGUGCCUUCUCCCAUCCUUUGUGCUCCAGGGUGGUCACUGUUUGACACGAGGCUCAAGUCUGAAGUCCAUUGCCAAAAUCUGCAGCCUCUCUCCCUUUUUGUAUAUACAUGUCAUGUCCCUGUAAUAUUAAGAGUUUCCCCUCGCAAAGCUUGUAUCUAAGGAUGAAUUCCUUGGGCAAAACAGCAAAGCUGCCAGCCUGGAGAGGGAUGGGGAGCUAUUGAUGAGCUCCUCUGCUUGGAGCUUAGCUGGAGAUGGCGAAAUGGAAGGCCACUACCCUUCAAUAAUUCCCUUUGAUAAGGACUUUGUUUAUAUUUCUUCUGGAAGACUUCAGAUGGCAUACAUGGGAAGAAAGGAAUUAGGGGCUAGAUCUCACGUGAUCUAAGAUCUCGCAUGGCUCUCAUCUUACGGAUUUGGCAAUUGACUCUUUGAUGGCAGAGGAUUAAAUCGAACCCACAAACGUGUUUAAUGUCUUUUUAACUCCCUUCCUCACUCCUUCCUCUGCGUCCCAUUGAGAUGAGAACCUUAAUGCAGGUAUACCCUAUCUGCAAGCACGCAUGGGAACUUACUUUUCUGCAGCAGGAUUUCUGCUAAAUUUCCCCAGAGAAGGUAAAAAGGGUUAUUUGUGUGUGCUUAAGUCACCCUUCUGGAUUUGCUGUUGCAUAAUGGAAAGGAAUCCACAGGAACGACUGUUUAUCCUUAUUCUUAGGGUAGUGAUGUGCGUCUGUCUCAUUGACUUCCACUUUGAGUUGCUCCUGCCUGGUUUCUGUUGGCUGCUUGAGAGGGGAUUUGCCAAAAGCCUUUCAUUCUCCACUGGGAUGCUGCAAGGCUGUGACCAUAGAUGUGUGUCAUCUUGUCCCAGGCUUUUUUUUCCCCCACCUGUGAUGGGUGGGAAAAGGGGACGACAGCUGCAACAUGCUUGGACCUAGUUUCAAGUCAACACGCACGUCGUGUUUUGAUGUACUAAGAAAAUCUUCAAAAAAUUUUGUAACUACCUUAAGCUUAUGAGAAUGGGAUUAUUUUUUGUUCUUCUGAGAUACACCCUUUCCUCCACUCUCCGUCUGUGCAUCGCCCGGCAUCAGCACCUGUGUUGUCUUUUGUGUAGCCAUUUACAGCACUUGCCUGUCUAAAGAGACCUCUCAAAUAAGCGGCUCUGACUUAAAAAUUAAUCUCUGGGACUUAUUUUUCUCAGAACAUCUCAACUCUGCUGUGAUUUGAAAGCGACUCCAACUAGAGAACUUCUUUGGUGGCGUUGCUUUUUCUUUUACUUUUGCUCUAUGAACCGAGUCGCCCGAGUUGAAACCGUUUUUAAUCACAGCCCUUAAUUAUUUAUUUGCCUAUUAAUAUUAAAGUCUCUCUUCUAUAUUAGAACAUAAAAUAUUCAAUUGUUUGAGUAUCCUUUCAGAAAAUUGGCUUUGUUUCUGAGGGAUCUCAAGCAAUCCUAUGCCAGAAAUGAUAUAGCAUGCUAAAGCUUUACAAAGGGCUUGGUGGAGGGAGAGCCUAAAACUCAUCAUCUUUUCCAAAACACAGAUCGUCUUAUUUAAGAAGCAAUUAGUAACUUCGACAAGUCGCUUCCUAUAUUUCAAGAAUGGGCAUUGAUUUGUAUUACUUUAGCUCUGGGUUUUCUUUAAACAAACCGUUGAUUUGGAGGUCACUGGGACCAAGAGACGGUUGUGGGAUGCUGAGAGGAUGGAGCCCGGGCAGGGAUGGAGGGGCCGGCAGAACUUGCUAGUUUGGUUGUAGCAGCGAUAGCGCACCUUUAGCCAUCCCUGAAAUGUCUUAACUGAAUGGACGUAGUUUUUAAAGGACAUAAAUCUGGCUGAUGAGUCGUUACAGGCUCUUCUCUAGAUGGGCUUUAUGGUCCUACCAAACUGCCUUCCCCUUUUAAACAAAAGGGGUGCACGGUUUCCUCCAGCCAGGAGGCUCCUUGAGAAAGGAGGUUUCCAUGGAGACACUUACUUGACUUAAGCGAUUUGGUUAGGGCUGGAGAAGAGGCUUGGGGGGUAAACACCGCAUCGACACAAAACCCGCUAUUUUGUGAAGCAACUGGGGUUGCCGCAGUGUUUUGUUUCCAACUUGAUGCCCCUUUUCAGAGGCCUGGUUUUGAAAAAGUGCCGAAAACGUUGCCUGGUCAGAAAUGGGAGGCGUGUAAAAGGCUGUCGCUUCUUAGCCGAGAUCUCUGUUAGUAUCCGAAUCCAUCUGUCUCUCAAAAUGUCGCGGGUUGGUGUAAGUAGGGCACAUUUGCAGCAAAAGUACUGAGCAAGAGCAGACUGCAAGGGCCCGGAGAUAAGUACGCGCUUCCUUAAAACUUGCUGUCCUUGUCUGACAGUAAAAUUGGUCCAGACCAAAGUCCAAGAAUAAUAUUUGUUUGAAUCUCAUUCCUAAUUAAGAGCUUGCAUAAUCCGUUUGUACAGUGGAUGGCGACAUCUUCAAUGUUAAAAUUGCUGAAGGUGAAGUCUGAUUCUCCAUUCAUCUUCCCACCGUAAAACAGCGAGACUUUCUAACGGCUUCUUAUUUCAACAGUGGUAGAGAGCCUGCAGAUGUGUUUUGGGGUCGUAAGCCCAACUGGAUCAAGCGUGUGGGUAAUUAAUGCUCUAGGAUCUCAUCGUUUGUUGCUAAUGACAGCUGGCAAUGCCAAAGAUGGGAUCUUAGGGAAGCGGCUGCCAACUUUGACAGGGAAUAACCAGCAAUAACGAAACAGUGAUAGGGAUGGGAGCAGGCCAGAAAGUCGCCGCCCAAAUGGACACCUGUGGAGAAACGGUGGGAAGAGCUACGGCAGAAGAUGGAGUUGGUCCGAGGAGCGUUGGGUUAGGAUGAAGCAAAGGUUAAAACCUCAACUGCGCAAUUGCUGAGGGAACUCAAGGAGUGCCACAGCAGCCGGCUGCGUCUCGAGGCAGGAACGUCUCUGAAGGAGGAGAGCAGAAAGGGAGAGGGGCUGGAAGUGGAGGCUGGAGCUGCAAGAUGGCUUUGAGUCCCAGCCCGUGCCAAGGGAGCUGGAGCUAAUCCAGGAGGUUUGCAAAAAUGACAAAACUCAGCUGAAAAGGCAAAGUGGGAGCUAGAACGGAGGAGAUGGCCUUGAUGUGCCAAGGAGCUGAAGAGAGAGGCCCCAUUUCACGGGUACGUGAAACGGCAGAAGCAAAUUUAACACAGGCUUCUGUGGGUGACGAGCAGCUCGUUCCCUCUUGCCUUGCAGCGUCGCUACGGUGGCUUUUCACGACCAGCGCUGCUUUGGGACUGUGUCAGCAGCCACCAGCCUUUGCCUUGUUUGUAAAGGUUUCUGACUGCAGCUUUCGUCUAUGGGCAGGUGUCUUUGUGUCGUGUCCCACCUGGAAAUCCCGGGGCUGUUGCCAUUUUAAAACCGGCAAGAUAAUGUGUUUCUCUUCGUACCGCCUCGGCGUAAGUCUCCUGUAGUGCCGGGUGUGUUUAAUGUGCGAGGUCAGCUCAGCCACUUUAAAAAACAAAACUCAAAUAAAACCUGAAUG